CGGUUCAUCCGAUACACAAUGGUGCCGCUGUGAAAGCCAAAACUUGGAUCGGAGUGUCAUUUAUAGGCGCACGCGCACGUAUUAAAUGGAACGCAGGCCUGUGACAAGCUGAUACCAAACGAUUUGACAGAAUUGGAUCCUUGUCCUCUUUGUCAUGAAAUGGGCGCAGGAUGCUUCGAACGAUCUGAAAAUCAGGCCGUCGACAAAAGAUCUGCUUGGAAUACUGCACAUGAUGGCCGUCCAGCAGCAGACCGGCCUGUUUGGAGAACACCAACAUGAAAGAGCUGCGUCAUGCGAUGUCCCCCUGCAGCGACUUCCGGCAUCAAAUCGCGAUGGCCCCCCCAUGAACAUUGUGGAGAGUUACCUCUCCAGCCUGAAAGCAAUGUAUGCCGUCAGCACACCAGCCAUGGAGGGGCCAGCCGCCGGCUCCAAGAGGGCGCACACAGCCUCCCACCCCAUGCACAACCCCUUCCAGAGCUGCACAACACAGUCGCAGGAGCCGGCCUGCUGGGCCGCGCAGGACACUCGUGCCAGUCAUCGCAGCAAGCGGCAGCGCAGCUGCACGGCAGAUGACGGGGAAGAUGUCGCGGAGAGCAUGCCCUGGGGCCCGGUAGAAAACUCUGCGCCGCCAGCCGAGCACGCAUGGCAGCUCCGAGCCAGGGACCACAGCUCUGUCAGUGCUGCCUCCACCCACUGGCAGGUCCAGAUCUGGCCCCAGCCCACCUUCAAGCUCCACAGGGACGUGAUGGAGGAUGAUGCAACCUCCCCACUCAGCGCCCCGGCUCCGCACGAGCAGGACUAGGGAGCGCGCACAUGCAAUUUUCGAGCUGGCCGGUGCUCCCAUGGCUGUGUGCUGAUCCCAGAAGGCUCUCUCAGAGGACGCC